GUUGAGCUAACGUGACCGAUUCUCUGUAAUCUAAUCUCCAAGUUUCAUUCGUUCAGAACAAAUGGCAACAGUUGCAGAAGCUCAGGACAUUGAUACACGAUACAUAGAAGGUGCGACGGCGUCAAAGGGUAGUGACACAACGGAGUGGGGUGGCAGGGUAGCGCUGUGGGGGGUCGUGCCAUUGUGGCGGGCUGCCCCACCGCCCGACACAGUCCUCGCCUUGCGAAGACCUACGCUGUCCGAUUGUUGGCCUUUCAUCGGUUCCUACGGCGAGAUAAUAAUACGAUUGCCGCGAACUCAGAGAGUGCGUUACGUCACCGUGGAACACAUCCAUCCUGACACCGCUCGGAGUGCGCCCAAGCAUUUCCUAAUAUACGGCAUCCUAGCUAACAACACGUGGCUCAAAAUAGCAAACUCGCAAUAUCGCGCGGAAGGGCCUGCGAAGCAGUACUUCUCAUUAGCCUACAAGUACCUUGAAUGGAAGAGCCUGGCUUUCCGCGUGUUAACGAACCAGGGAAACAAUAAAUAUACCUGUAUUUAUAGAGUACAUCUGUAUGGAAAUAUAGAUAAAAGCAUAGCUCCUUUCAAUCAAUUAUAAAUGUGUAAAGAAUUUUUGUAUUUUUAAUACUAUUUUAAUUUUUUAUAGGUAUGUUCAUAAUAUAACACUAUGUUUAAUACCACCACUCACUAGUGUGUUAACACUAUAACACUUAUGUGUCCUCUUUCUGAAAAGUAGUUACUACUUACUAUAUUACUUCUAUUGAAAACCUACUACUUUAAUAGUUAAACUACAAUCUAUACAAUAGGUAAUAUCAAAGAAAGGAUCUACAGAAAGGUUGAGAGAGUAAAUAAAACAUGUGAUGGAUUUUACGUUAUAUUAGCCAAAGCAAACGUAACGUUUACGAAGUGCUCCAGUCCUGGGCAGAGCCACCCCAUGAGGGGGUGGGUGCUGGGGCGGCCGGGGCGGGGGCAGCGGCGGCAGUCGUUCCCCACUCCUCUUGAACCUGUAAACAAGAACCAUACAUUACUUACUGCUUAUUUAAAAUAAAAAGAGAUUCCUUGAGGUAUUUUUCAAAUUAUAAACUUUAUCAAUUUUAAAAGCCAACUUGUACUUCAGACUGCAUUAUCUUACAAGCUGUUUUUAAAGUCAUUUUGUUACCUUUUCGACUUAAAAUACCAAUAAACAACAUAAAGAACUUUUUAUAUUGUAUAGUAAAUUCACCAAUUAAAAAAGAAAACAACAAAAAACUGUCCAAUACAGUUUCUAGGAGCAAUGAGUAGUGUUAUUUUCUUACCUGAGAAGCCCAGUCUUCUUGGGCGGGGGCAGCUCCGAAGCUGGCAGCUGGGGGUGGCGCGGCGUCCUCAGCCCAUGAGGUGACGGGCUCCACAGACUCGUUCCAGUCCUCGUGCACUGCGGCGGGUGCGUCAACCUUUGGUGGCGCAACAGCCUAGGGAAAAGGAACACAUUAGUUUAGCAAUGUGAUACAAAUAGAGUGGUCACUGCCCAAUAUAAAACAACAAGUAACAUGAAACUAAAAGAACAUUUUAUAGAAUAAGAAAAAUGUAUAGUUGGUUAGAAUAUGGCUACACAAUACCUAUGCUUGAUCAGUUAUUGACAUGUACUUAUAAAAAGUAAUCUGGCAGUGCUUCAAAGUAAUAUCCAUAAUCUAAGAUUUAUUUAUUUCAGCCCCAUCCAUCCGGUGGUUUAAGGCUGUGCUUUGAUAGAUCACUAUGUCAGUCAGUCGCAUUUGAGUUUUAUAUUUUUAGAUUUAUUCAAUAUCUUAUACUUACAACAACUUGCUCCUUAGCCUGUUGUUCUUCCUUCUCACUCUCUUCAGGGUCACGGUAGAAGAACAGGUCAACAACCACAUCCCAACGUUGGUCACGGGCGAGCACACCACGCAGUCUGAGGACCUCACGGGCCAACAGCCACCACAUCAGACCAAUGGAGUGUGAGGACUGUGGAUUAAAGAUUCUUUUGAUUUAAAUAUGAAGAAAAAGUGACUAAUCCAGGUUAUAUGAUGGAACAAAAAUGUAUCUAGUGUUACUUCUUAAAGCAAUCAGAACAUGUCACACAUAUCUGGAUGUAAUAUGACACUCAAGUCAAGUAAAUUCACUAUGUACAGCACACAAAAUUGAAAUAUUUUUCAUUAAUUUUUAGUGUGUUUACUUUAUUGUAUAAAUCUCCAGUUACCGUUAGUAGGUAGGCACUUCGUAAAAAUUGGGUUGUUGAGUAAAAAUAUUAUCAAAUUUUUUUUUUUCAACUUAAUGUGUAAGUAUUAUACCUUUUUAAAAAGAGGAAUAAACGCGUCAAAAUUUGACGUCACUUGCCAUACUAUUUUGGUACAUUUUUUUUACACUACAGUCGGUCAAAGUUGCGAAAUUCAAUAGUUUUCCAUAUCACCUUUAGUUAAAAUAAUAUUUUAUUUUAAAAUGGUACAAUAAGUACUUUAUUUUUACAUUCUAUUUAGACACAGCAAUACCCUAGAUUACAAAACCUCCAAGAAAUAUCGAAAUUAUCAGCAUUAGCAGUCACAGCAUUCAAAAGUAUGUCACAGGGUGCUCAUUUCCCCUUUUUUUUGAAAUCAGUAUAAUUCGGUAAGUACAUGGGGUGGAUUUUUUUAAAUAUUUUUCUGAGUACUGUUAGAACUUGGGGCAUCGUGGGAAUCCAGUUGGACGCCAGGUUAUUGGACACCCUGUAUAAACACCUCUGAUAAUUGAUGAAUGAAAAAUUUACAAAACCUGAUUAUUUAUUUUCUAAAUACAAAUUUGAAAUAACAAAUAUUUGCCUUGAGUAAGUGUUGUUAAUAAUGCUAAUACCUUCUCUGUGUGCGUAAAAACUCUGUUUUACUUUGCAAUGGGCACAUAGGUAUCAGAUAAAUAAAUAAACAUAAUGAUGUGAUGGUACUGACCUUGGUGUUGCAUGGGAUGGCAAUGUCAACAAAACGGAGGGGAGAGUCAGUGUUGCAAAGAGCAAUAACUGGAAUGUUGACGUAGGAAGCCUCAGUAAUGGGCUGGUGGUCCUGGGCAGGGUCCAGCACGAUCAGGAGACGGGGCUCACGGAACGCAGCUUGGAUCUGUUGGCGACAAAAACAAUGGUUGUUCACAUAUUUCGAGAAUUAUUGACUUGUGUUAGACAUAGUAUAAAAAGAUCAGAAAAACUUAUAAUCAUUACUAUCAGUGGUUCCUUAGUUUAUUUGUCAUCAUUCAAUAUAGGAUACUAGUUAUUGCUCAAAAAUAAAAUAAAUACAUAGGUAAUAGAGAAGUACAAAUGAACUCGAUUUACCUGGUUGGUAAAGGCACCAGGAGUGAAACGUCCAGCAAUGGGGGUGGCACCGGUGUGUGCGGCGAACUUCAGUACAGCCCGCUGACCGAAGGGACGUGAAGAGAUGACGAACACGUCGGCGGGGUUCUCAAUAGCGACCACAGCACGGGCAGCCAACACGAGCUUCUCCCAUGUACGGCGCAAGUUGAUCACGUGUGUGCCAUCAGCGCGGCGCUUGUACACGUAUGUUUCCAUCUAAAAACAAUCAUAUGUUUAAGACUACCUUCAUUUAACACACACAUUCGUCAUUUAGUAGCUGUUUUUUUCAGUUGGGAGAAUGGAUCGUCAAUAUUUUCAGACAUUUAAUAUGGAACGGAUUCUUGGCUCAUCAUAUUUCGGUGUUGUUUUGAUUUACAGGUUAUGAACAAAAAGUUCUAGUGCAUACCUGGAAGUUGACAUUUUCCGCCCCAAGGUGGGUGGUUGCGGCCAACAUCUUGGUGACAUCUUCCUCGUUGAGGGCGAGAAUAUCUAAUCCUCCCGACAUCGUUGCGUUUAAUUGAGUUACGGCUAAAC